GGUCCCACUUACCCUCUUAACCUUUUCCACCACCACCUCGUUUCCUGAACUUUCUCUCAUAGAUAUACUAACAAACACCACUCUUUCUCACGUCACCCACUUGCACCGCAGGAACACACUCUGGGCACCACUUUCACACAAACAUCGUCAAAAACACCGAAAACAAACACAAGACACAACACCAACACAAACCUUCUCUCUGUUUCUCCUCACAGAAGCAGAGAAUGCAGCGCCUCACCGUCUCCACCCUUCUCCUUUCCCUAACACUUCUCACCCUCGCAGAUGGAGGUUCCAUUGGAGUUAACUAUGGUCGCAUUGCGAACAACCUUCCCUCCGCGGUUAAGGUUGUUCGUCUCCUCAAAUCCCAGGGAAUGAACCGAGUCAAAGUCUACGACACCGACCCGGCAGUGCUUCGGGCAUUAUCCGGAUCCGGAAUCAAGGUGACCGUUGAUCUUCCAAACCAGCAACUCUUCGCAGCAGCGAAAGCUCCCUCCUUUGCAUCCUCCUGGGUUGAAAGAAACGUCGUCGCUUACUACCCUCACACGCAAAUCGAAGCCAUUGCGGUUGGGAACGAGGUUUUCGUAGACACACAUAACACCACCAAGUUCCUGGUACCCGCCAUGAAAAACAUUCACCAAGCGCUUGUGAAGCAUAACCUCGACUCCGACAUUAAGGUUUCCUCCCCCAUUGCCCUCUCUGCGUUGGCGAACUCGUACCCAUCCUCGUCCGGAUCGUUCCGACCCGAUCUCGUUGAACCCGUUUUCAAACCCAUGCUGGACUUCCUCCACGAAACCGGGUCGUACUUAAUGGUAAACGUGUACCCGUUCUUUGCUUACGAGUCCAACGCUGACGUAAUCUCUUUGGACUACGCUCUUUUCCGAGAGAACCCGGGAGUGGCGGAUCCGGGUAACGGGUUGAGAUACUAUAACCUAUUUGAUGCCCAAAUCGACGCCGUUUUCUCCGCGUUAAGUGCUCUGAAAUACGACGACGUUAACAUUGUAGUGACCGAAACAGGGUGGCCUUCCAAGGGGGAUAGUAAUGAGGUGGGUGCGAGCGUAGAGAACGCCGCUGCGUACAACGGUAAUCUCGUCCGUAAGAUCUUAACCGGUGGCGGUACCCCACUUCGACCCAAAGCCGAUCUCACCGUCUAUUUGUUCGCGCUUUUUAAUGAGAAUCAGAAGCCCGGACCCACUUCCGAGAGAAAUUUUGGGCUUUUUAAUCCUGACGAGACAAGGGUCUAUAAUGUUCCGUUAACGCCGGAGGAGCUCAAGGACUACCACGACCGUCCAUCACCGGUGAAGGGUGGCAGUCCGAAACAGACCACCCCAGCGCCGGCACCCAUCGAGAGCGGCGGCGUGUCGAAGAGCACCACCGGUAACAAUUGGUGCGUUGCGAACCCGGAUGCGGAUAAAGUUAAGCUGCAGGCAGCUCUAGAUUUCGCUUGCGGUGAGGGAGGUGCAGAUUGCGCUCCGAUUCAGCAUGGUGCCACGUGUUACGAUCCUAACACGAUCGUUGCACACGCUUCGUUUGCGUUCAAUAGUUAUUACCAGAAGCAAUCACGCAAGGGCGGUAGCUGCUAUUUCGGGGGUACGUCCUACGUGGUGACGCAGGAGCCCAGGUAUGGUAACUGCGUGUUUCCUACAGGAUACUAAAAAGCUGAAGAAGACUGACAUUCCCGCAUGAGAAUAUGCAUAUGCCUGAUUUUGCUUUGUGUAAAGUAUGUUAUGAGAAUGAAUGUGUCUGGAAGUGAAACUAGAAAAAGUGGCUAAAUUAGUUUGAAUAUUUUUUUGGGGGUUCUGAUUGUGGUAGUUAAAUAAUGUUGACUUUUCAUCAGGUUGGGUAGUUAAAUUAAUUUUACUUUAAAGUAAUUGUAUCUAAGUUUAAGUUUUCACUUUGCAGUAGACUUUAUCUUUUGAUUCCUCAA